GAACGUCCUGCUCAGGUUAUCAAGCUUUUCCUUGUUUGUUCACACCCUUCAUCCGUUGGCUAUUUUUAAAAAUGCACGGACAGAAACAAUAGCUCCACCAUAUCAAAUGUUUGUUGAAAACACAUCCUAUUGUGAGGGUUUCAUGCUAAUCAAAGCAGGAACAGUGAGAGAUAAAGGAUGCAGCAACUAUAGAAUGAAAAAGGACACCACAAUCUAGAAAUUAAAAACAAAUACAAAGCUCCAGAGCACUUUGUUGUUCGAACAGAGAUUUGGUAAUUAUGUGAAAUGUGAGACAACUGUUUGUACAGACGAUGCUGCUGUCUUCUUAUUAGAUUAUCUGGCAGCUGUUCUGCUGAUGUCAUUUUCAGAACCCUGCGCCUCUCUCCAACUGGCAACCGUCCUCCUGCUUCUUGUGCUUUUUUCCUUUGCUCUAUGACUGGGAAGUGGGGGUUUAUGGGGGAGUAUUCUGUUCAGGUCAGUGAGCUGUUUGAAUCUCAUCAGGGUAGAAAUCAGUGGAGUGAGACAGACAGUACUUUCAGGGCUGGUCUUCCCUCCCUGCAGAAAGGCUGCGCUGCUCUGUGAUGCAGCCGGCCUUUCCGCUGAUUCACUGCAGCCAUCAACUAUUAUAGGACAUGGAGAUUCAGAAACAACAACAAAGCAAAGACUCUGUGUUCUUCCGUGACGGAGUGCGCCGCAUUGAUUUCGUCUUGUCUUAUGUCGAUGAUAAAGAUGGUGAAAGAAAACAGGAGAGGAGGAGAGUGUUUGAAGCCAAUUUGGUGAAAGUGGGCCUGGAACUGGAAAUAGAAGAUAAAUCAGAAUCUGACGAUAGAAAAACCUACUUUGUGAAGAUCCAUGCUCCAUGGGAAGUACUGGCAACCUAUGCAGAUGUGCUGAAGAUCAAGGUUCCAUUCAAGGCCAACGACAUCCCAGACAACAGUGAGAUGCCCAUGAACUGGUUGUCCACUCCUUUUCGUCUGCCAGAGCCCAUCAUGCAGCCUGAACCAGACUUUUUUACCGCUCCCUUCGACAAGAGUAAAUCUGAUUUCUUCCUAAUUGAGGACCGAGACAAAUUCUUCCUCCCGUCAACUCGGAACAGAAUAGUCUACUACAUCCUGUCUCGAUGCUCAUAUAUUCGUGAUGAAUGUGGAGAGAGAGACAAGAAGGGAAUCAAAAGACUUCUCAACAACAGCACCUACACUGCAGCCUUCCCUCUGCAUGAUUCAAGAUAUUGGACUAAAUCAAAGGAUGUGAACUGUGACAGCGACAGAUACAACCUCUACAAAUACUGGGCUGGAUUUUUCAGUUUCUUCAAGGAACAACCACUCAAUCUUAUUAGGAAGUACUAUGGAGAAAAGAUCGGCCUUUACUUUGCCUGGCUAGGAUUCUACACAGAAAUGCUGUUCUUUGCUGCUGUUGUUGGAACGCUGUGUUUUGUUUACGGAGUCUUAACCUAUGACGACAAUGAGUGGAGUAAAGAAAUAUGCAGUGAUGAAAUUGGAGGCAAUAUUGUCAUGUGUCCACUUUGUGACAAAAAGUGUGGCUUUUGGAAACUCAACACAACCUGCAACUCCUCUUGGCAAUCGCAUCUAUUUGACAAUGUUGGAACAGUGUUUUUUGCCAUUUUCAUGGGAAUAUGGGUGACUCUGUUUCUGGAGUUUUGGAAGAGGCGGCAGGCUCGUCUGGAGUACGAGUGGGAUCUGGUUGACUUUGAAGAGGAGCAACAACAGCUGCAGCUCCGGCCAGAGUAUGAGACCAAGUGCAACAGCCGCAAGCUGAACCGCAUCACUCAGGAAACAGAAUGGGUACUUGACAGGACCAUUUCUGAUGUUUUAGCGAAGUUGUUUCUGUGUUGGAGCACCGUGAUCCUCUGGAUAUCAUUAAUCAUUGCCUGCAUCAUCGGCGUCAUAGCAUACCGCCUGGCGGUUUAUGCAGCCUUCGCAAGCAUCAUGAAGGACAGUCCCACCUCAAACCUGGAGGUGGUUGGCCCCUACAUCACACCUCAGCUGGCCACCUCUGUCACCGCCUCCUGCAUCAACUUUGUUAUCAUCAUGAUUCUCAACCUCAUGUAUGAAAGAGUGGCUGUUUGGAUCACUGACAUGGAAAUUCCAAAAACUCACCUGGAGUACGAGAACAAACUGACGGUGAAGAUGUUCCUCUUCCAGUUCGUCAACUACUACUCCUCAUGCUUCUAUGUGGCUUUCUUUAAGGGCAAGUUUGUUGGCUAUCCAGGAGAUUAUGCCUACAUGUUUGGCAAAUGGAGCAAACUGAGAAAUGAAGAGUGCGACCCGGGUGGCUGUCUAAUUGAGUUGACCACCCAGCUGGUGAUUGUGAUGACUGGCAAACAGGUGUGGGGUAACAUCCAGGAAGCUCUGGUCCCGUGGCUCAUGAAUUGGUGGGCCAGCAGGAAAGCACGAAGCUACCCAGAGAGCCUGUAUAGCCGCUGGGAGCAGGACCAUGAUCUCCAGGGCUUUGGUCAGCUGGGUCUCUUCUAUGAGUACCUGGAAAUGGUAAUCCAGUUUGGAUUCAUUACGCUCUUCGUGGCCUCCUUUCCCUUGGCUCCACUCCUGGCUCUCUUCAACAACAUCAUAGAGAUUCGAGUGGACGCCUGGAAGCUCACCACUCAGUUCAGACGUCCUGUAGCUGCCAAGGCCCACUGCAUUGGAGCCUGGGAGGAAAUCCUCAAUGGGAUGGCUGUACUCUCUGUUGUCACCAAUGCAUUUAUUGUGGCUUUUACCUCUGAUAUGAUCCCCCGUCUCGUGUACAUGUAUGCCUAUCAGCCAGAGGGUGAGAUGAAUAUGAAGGGCUACAUAAACAAUAGCCUGUCUGUGUUCAACAUCUCAGAGAUCCCAUUGCCUAACAGGCCAGAGGACGGAGAAAACCCCCUUUGGUUCAACAGCUCUAUCACAACCUGCAGGUAUCGAGAUUACCGUAACCCUCCUGGGCAUGAGAACCAAUACUCCCACACCAUGCAGUUUUGGCAUAUUUUGGCCGCCAAACUGGCUUUCAUCAUUAUUAUGGAGCACGUUGUUUUUCUGGUGAAGUACUUCGUGGCCUGGAUGAUUCCAGACGUUCCCUCAGAUGUGAAGGCAAGAGUCAAACGUGAGCGCUACCUAGUCCAGGAGUAUCUCCACAACUACGAGGUGGAGAAGCUGAAGAUUCAACUGAGCCAACAAAGCCACAGCGAGUGCACGUGCACGCCCAUGAUUUACCCAUCUCUAACCAAACACGAGGUGCUGUCUGAGUGCCUUUAGUACAAAGACCUGCUGGUCAGUGUGAUGGACAUUUUUGAAUGCUGCAAUGUGGUGAAAUGUGAUACUGACCAACUCUUUGCUGCCUCUCUUGUGUUGUUUUACCACACACAACAUUUUUUUUCCAAAGAACUAAUACUUAUGUCCCUUCACAGCCAUCACUCUGUUACUAAGUUGAGUAAAAAAUAAGGGUUGGAUGAAAGACCAAGUCUGCAGACAUGCUGAUUCUUUGAGGCAUUUCAAUCUGUCUCAUAUUUAUGGCGUUUAUGUUUUGAGCAAUGAGGACAAAGUUUGACAACUUGUUUUCAUUUUUGACUGUUAAAGUGCUACUUGAAGACUUAAAGCCUUAAUACACUCAUAUGUAGUUCUGCAGGGCAAAUGACUGUGCUUAGACAGUAAAAUGCACUUGUGUCUUCUCUUGAAGGUUUAUCUUUAAAUUCAAAUUGUAAAGGUUGCUACACUAAAGCUGAACAGAUUAUUUUCUUUAUAGAAGUCACAGUAUAGCUUAAAUUAUGUUCGGGCUAAAUAUACAAAUUAUCCAUUUUUUUUAAUAUAAAUUCCUUUUCUUGUUAGAACAUUUUGAUGCUUUUAUUUUUGUGAGCAAACACAAAAUUAGCCCCUCAGUGAACAGUGGGUUAAAGUUCUAAAAAAUACUUAUUGAUGUAGCUGUAUUACCAUCCUGCCUUCUGUUUUAUCCUAUUGAACCAAAGCCAACACCUCCUACAAGUUUUUAAUUUUUUUUUUUUUUUUUUUUUGCUUUGUUUUUUAAUUGUAAAAAUAAAAUCCAGACUAUUUUAUUCAUCUUUAUCUUGCACAAGGCACUUAAAAAAACGUGAAUAUCCAGGCAUGAGCAUGUCAACUUGUCAUUACACUACAUAUUUACUAUCAGUGUUUGCAAGCUGCAAAAAGAACAUUAGCUGUGCUGUCAGAAAGGAGAUCUCUGUUACCACUUAUUUAAAUGUUUUAUUGUUUCAGUGUCUAACAUACAGUGAGAAGUACCGGUAGUUUUAGUUCAUAAAUUAUUUGAAGGAAUUUUCAUAUAUAUUCCAUUAUAUGCAUAAAUAUGUUUGAUUUAAUGUUUGUUGAGGGAUUUGAAUUUCAUGUAAAAUUGCUGAGUGAUUGUGCUGCAUAUUCAGGUUGAUCUGAUUUCAUGUGUGAAAGAUCAGACCAUGCAAAUUCUCAGCAGUUACAGUUUGCCUUAUGAACGCUCAGUGGUCUACUGAACCCACACAUUUAUGCCUUAAUGCAUCAAGUGCUUUUCUUUCUAUUUCCUUUUACAAGUUCUCUCCUGGUAUACUUUAGUAAUUAUGCUUUUAUUUUGUGAUGAAGAAGAUAAAAAGUAAACGUUUACCAUGAACAAUUUUUACUCUAAUACAUUUUCUUUGUUUCUGUCACAAAUAAAAAUUUGAAUAAAUGACCCGUUCCCAUG